AUGAAGUACCAUCAGGUGUUUAGUUUAGAACUACAGUACUGUUUCUCAAAUAAAUCGGAAAAAGAAAUGUUGAAUAUCUCCAUAAUUUCACCAUCAUUAUGCUGGUUUAAUAAUAUACCAAUAGAAAAAAGUUCAGAAACGUACAAAGAUUUUUUAACUCCGCCCUCACCAAUAUUUUUCCAAAUAUGGGUGUUUCACAUUGCCAAUCAUAUAGAAGUUUUACAGAAUGGGGAUAAACCAGCUCUAGUGCAGAUGGGACCUUAUACAUAUAGAGAGGAAAGAUUGAAAGUUAACGUAACAUUCAACGAUAACGGUACUGUGUCAUAUCGUGAAAAUCGGUGGUUCGUGUUUGAAGAGGAAUUGUCCAGUGGACCAGAAACCGAUAAUUUUACCACGUUAAAUAUUCCAAUUGCUGUUAUAGAUAAUCUAGUAAAAGAUCAAAAAAAAUUAUUUAAAGAAAUAGUAAAUCUGUUAGAGGAGCUGUCUUUAGAAGAAUAUUUUUUAACUUUAUCUGUACGAGACUUGAUGUGGGGUUACCCUGAUAAACUGUUAGCUGAUGCUAAAGCUAUCAUCAAUAGACUUCAUUUUAACAUCACACUGGAUGACGAGUUCGGCUUAUUUAAAGGGCAAAAUGGCUCAGAUGAUGGGUUAUACACGGUUUUUACUGGGAAAGACGACGCCACAAGACAUGGGACUAUAAAUAGAUGGAACGGAAUGAGUUCUCUACCAUAUUGGACAUCAGACACAGCUGCUAUGAUCAAUGGCUCAGAUGGAACAAUGUAUGCACCAUUUCAAACAGGGGAUGAUCCAAUCUAUGUUUUUUCAUCUGAUGUUUGUAGGUCCCUAGAUCUAUUGUACCGAUAUGAAUACACAUUAAAGGGAAUAGAUUUGUACCGAUACGUAGCCCCGCCAAGUCUGUUUGAGAAUUCCACGGCUAACCCUGCCAAUAAGGGUUUCUGUACUGAGGCUGAGGGUUGUCUCCCUUCAGGGGUUGUAGAUGUCAGUGCCUGCAGACAAUCGGCCCCUAUAGUGUUAUCCCAGCCCCACUUCCUAGCAGCAGAUCCCUCUAUUAUAAACAGUGUAUAUGGUUUACACCCCAAUACAGAGGAGCAUCAGACUAUUAUAGAUUUAGAACCAAUAACUGGUACAACAAUGAAUGCUGCUAAAAAAUUACAAAUUAAUAUACAUAUAACUAAUGUUUCAUAUCUAACACAAACGUCCAAUUUAAAAUCAAUGUUUUUACCAAUUCUCUGGUUGAAUGAAAGUGCAGUAAUAGAUGAUAAAUCCGCAGCCUUGUUUAAAACAAAAGUUCAGGAACCAAUGAAAUUAACCCAAGCUAUUCAAGUUACAACGAUAACUGUUGGAGUUUUUAUACUGUUCUGUAUCGCCAUGUUCUUCUCCAAGAAAAGAUUCUGUCCUUCAAAACAGAAAGGGAAGGAGCUUAGUCCGAUAAUGAACGGAGAUGUGAACGGAGAUGUGAACGUUGAACCUGAAGAUGCCUAG